CCCAACCACAACCCUCUUCAAUACACAACCCACGCAGUUAGCGAUCGCACCUCUUCCGUUACACCAAAACCCGGACAGCUAGGUAGCCACCGCUCUCUAGUCUUCACCAUGUCAUCCACUACUCGCGCUCCCGUCACCAUCGGCACCCUCUCGGCCAUCACGCUCGUCAGCCCCGACCCUGCCUCCUCGCUCGCCUUUUACGAGCGCGUGCUCGACGCGAAGCUCGUCUUCCGCGAUGCCGACUCGGCGGCGGUGCGUGUGCCCGGCGUGGGACCGCUGCUCAACCUGCUGCGCCCGUCGGCGGCUGAGGAGCUGUUUGCGUCGUCAUUGUCGUCGACGAGUCACCAACACCACCACCACGACAGUGAUGCUGAUGCUGAUGCUGGUGGCGGUGAAGAACGGAAGGGCGCGCAGGAGAAGGGGCAGAAGCAGACAAUGAUGAUGACGCUCGCGACGGCGAACCUCGAGGUAGCGAUGGCGGCGCUCCAGUCGCGCGGGCUGGCUCGCUUCACGACGGGGCCCGAGACGAAGCCGUGGGGUGUACGAACGGUGACAUUUGAGGACCCGGCUGGGCACACUUGGGAGGUGGCACAGGAAGUGGUGAUCGUGGAGAAGGGGACAGAGGGUGUAGAUAAGUGACGGACGACGGUGACGAUGGUUGACGGCGGGACAGCGCUGGCGGGCGGGGACCACACAAG